CUCCACAUACUAACAGCCUUCCAAGUUCAGAUUCAGUCAUGAGUGCUACGUUGAUUACGUCUGUCGGUUGGUUAGUAACAGUAUCGUGCGUAACCAUGGCAAGGUCUUCACCAAAAAUGGUUGAACGUCAAGGCUCUGUUUGUAUGAAACCAGUUGAAUACGAUGAGACUAUGGCAGACUUUCGCCGUUACUAUCGGGAUUUUCCAGAAGCUGUUGAAAGUUUCCUUGGGAAAAAGCUGGCUGAUGACGACCGCAUAAUAAGGUUCGAGAUAAAACACUUUGAUGAACAGGAUAGAAUCAUGUUCGUGAAUGUUGUCGAAAAAAAAUCUGGCAAAAGCGAUUUUGUCCGCUUGGAUAAGUUAUCUGGUGCGUUGAAGACGAUCAACGAGAAGGAGUUCAAAAAGUGGAGAGCUGCUUGUUUCAACAUGUCGGGACCUCCCUACCCUAAACCUCCCUACUGCUCCAAAGACUUCGAGAAGAGUGAGACUAUGGCUGAAUUCCGGAACUUCGCUAAGGCUCCAAAUGAAGUCGAACGUUUUCUGGGCAAAAAACUGGCUGACAACGAUAGCAUAAAAAGAUAUGAAAUAUAUUAUAUGAGUAUAAGCUGGUUAAAAGCCAUGUUCUUGAUAAAGAAAUACAACUUGCCUUUUUCUGACUGGACAGCUAUGUUCGUGAAGAUUACCGAGAAGGCUACUGGCAAAAAUCACUUUCUUCGUUUGAAUAGACCACGACCACGCAGAUUCAGAGAAGUUUCAUGGGUCGCGCAGAAAAGCAGCGAGGAGGAUUUCAAAAAAUGGGAAACAGCUUGUCCAAUGUGACUGUUUAGUAUCUGGUCCCCCGUUUUGUGAACCCUCCCAUUCAAAAGUUCUUGAGUGAACAACAAGGAAAUAAAAUUCUGAUAAAUGAUUUUUUUCUGUUGAAC